UUUACCAGAAAAAUAAUUCUCAGCCCUCUCAAGACGCCUGUCGCGGAUCGUCCACGAAGGUCACGCAAACAUCAAUCUCUCUGGUGUCGAUUUACAAAAUUUCAUCCAACCGUUCUCCAUUCACGAUGCAAGAUUUAGGUAGUGGCACUUAACAAAACACGGCCAGCGCGUUCGGAGAUCCAAGCGGGAUGAUUCCUGAAACAAUAUUAUCGAAUGUUGUUCACAAUCAGACACGUGGGGGAUUGUUUGGACAAUUGGCGGUGACGGUAUAAAGUCGUUGGUUGGUCGAUGCCGGGCAUCAAUCCGCGAAGCGUCGUCGAACAUGAAGAUUCCAGCACUGCUCGCAACGUGCCUCUUCGUCUGGGGGUCCGUGUCCGCCAGCGAUGGUCACCACGGUGGCAAGGGCAUUCCGUUACUCGAGAUGGCAAAAGGUGGCGCGUCAAUCACCAUGUCGGCUGCGGUGUCCGCGAAGGCAGGUCUCCGAGCUGGACAGGUAGCCGAAGCCUCGCAGAAGGAAGCCGCAGUUCAAUCGGCAGCCGCCGCGGGUGUCGCGGCUAAGGCACGAGGUUUGGCCGAUCAAACGGCGAAGCUGAGCGAACAAUCCGCGAUGCUGCAGUCCCAGGCUGCUGCUAAGUCGAAGGCCGCCGAGGAAGCUGCAACAGCAGAGCAAAACGCACAGUUAGAGGCUAGAGCAACCGCGGCGCAAGCCACUGCCGCGGCUAAAGAAGCUGCAAGCGGCGCGAGAUCGGCCGCCGAAGCUGCAUCGACCGCGGCCCUCGAAGCCGCGAUAGCCGCGAAGGCUGUACAGGUACAGGCUGCCCUUUCGCUUAAAUCCAAGGAGAAGGCAAUGGAAGCAGCCAACAAAGCUGCAGCCGCGGCAUCCGCCGCGAAAGCAGCAGAGCAAGCCAACAGAGUCGCUGUAAUGAUCCUCGCAAAGGCAACAGCCGCGAAAGCUGAAGCCAGAGCAGCCAUGGCAGCUCUCGCCUCCGCUAAAGUGGCCGCUAGGGAUGGUGCCAAUAGCGCCGCCGAAGCUGAAGCAAGAAACGAGGUUGCCCAAUUGAUCGCCGCCAUCGAUCAAAAGAGCAGACAGAUCGACGCCGGUCUAUCGAUGAAGGCACAGGCAAUUGCCAAGUCCAGCGCCAGGAACAAUGAAGCCGCUGUGAUAGGGGCCAACAUCGACUCAGCGAAGAGAAUCGUGAAGGUGCCGCAGAAAGUGAUCAUUCCUAAACAUGAAUCGUCCUGGCAAUCGUCUAAGGAGGAGAAGAUCGAGGUUGACGUUAAACAGGUUGACGUUAAGAACGUCCAUAGCGAAAGCAGCGGCUCCUGGUCACAUUAAAGAGGGGAUUCCUUUAGGGAGCUGAACGAGUCUCGAGUUACGAGAAGUUUGAACAAUGCUACUUGGGCGUUGUAGAAAAUGCAAUUUAGAUAUUUCGCUAGAGGAAAAAAAAAAUAACAUAACGUGUCAAUGAUGCCUAUAGAAAGAGAUUGUAACGAUGAAAAUAAAUUGGUUUAGCAUGUACAAAGCCCUAUGGUUGUUGUUCCUUUGCGUUGCCUCUUCGGUAUUCUCGUACAAGAGAUGAAAUUCAAUUUUAAUUGUAUUGUAUGAUGAUGAACUGGAAAAUUAGACUCUCGGGUAUUCUGUUCUUAAAGCUCCCAUUUCUCCUCGUUUAAUCAGAUGGUACUCUGUACGAAGCUCUGACUAUUAUGUUCAUAUUUUUCUUUCGAAAUUAAAUAAAUGAUUAUCAGUAUAAAGAAUGUCUUUCUUUCUUCCUUUUCCAUGGUUUUGAUAGAAUUGUCCUUUGUCAAUUAACAAAACGUUGACAUAUUCUUGCUUCAGAAACUGUUCUUCAAUAAAUACCUGAAAAUUAUAAACAAGAUAUAAGCAUUUAUUUUUUAUAACCAUAACUUUUAAAUAAUAUUCUGAUAGGAAUUUAUGGUUUUCAAUAAUCCUCUUUAAUAUAAAUAACUGUCACCAUAAACACUACUUUAUAGUAUAUUAAUCUUACAGAGAAAGAAAAAUUAUUCACAGUAUUGGUUUAUUAAAUUUUACGUGUGAUGAAUAAUAAUCUUAUGUGUACAAUUACUUUAAUCUCAACUUUAUACCCAAGUGAUCACCUUUUAUAAUUAAUAACUGUUACAAAUGGUAGGCCUAAUAAUAUGCAAUAAUGUAAUAAAAAUUGUCAAUAAACCUGCAAAAAUGCAUCAUUUUAUUAGCCCAGAAAUAGUAACACCUAUCAAUCUAAUCCAUUAUCGUUAAAAGUUACUCAAUUACACCGGAUUAUCAUCAACGCAUCUGUUCCAAUAUUGAAAGACAACACGAAUUAAGUUGUACCAGCUUACAAUUGUUAAAACAAAAUAUCGUUGUGAAGAAUGAAGAUAUUCCUUAUGUUGUUUACACACGUGUCCGUUUUAUUUGUAAGAUAGACUACCCUUUAGUAUAAACACUCAUAAGAUUAAUUAAUCAAAUCCAGCGUUGGAGUACGAUCGCGUGGCUUAGUGCAAAUACGGAAUUCCUAUAUUGAUCUUUACUGAGCAAACAUAAAUAUAAAUUUCUUUAUAGUCGAGGGAACGGCAUCGAAGAAACAGAAGAUAUGUUUACAAAGAGAAAUUUGUCAAAGAAUGCAAAGAUUUUUAACAAAAUCUUCAAUCCUCAUAGAUAGGGUUGAUUAGAUGAAGUCUGUAUCAAUAAAAGAAUAAUAUACCUAAUAAAAUAGAAUAAUAAUUACCUAUUUUAAAUUUCAAAUACCGAAUAUCACUCAUUAUUUUCAAACACCUGUCCAUCUAACGCCAUAAAACCCCUUCUCAUCCAUUCUCCAUCAGCUAGAAACAAAGCAUCUCCUCCCAAAGAC